AGUCUUAAUUAAACCACGUGAUCAUUAAACAGAGAAACUCAGUGGAUUGGAAGGGAACAGGGAAAAUAUCAUGUCAGCAUGGAGACGCCGUUCAAAAUAUAUUUCCAAAGCACACCGAGAGGAUAAACCAGUCCACAGAUGCCCUGACAGAGUGGAUAUACUAACACUAAGAUAUAAGGAGAUGUGUAAAAUGGACUCCAGCUCAGAUUCUGAGACGGAUGCAAGUCCUAGGUGGUCAGACACCAGCAGCAAGGUCAGAUUAUGGGCACAAUGGCAAUGCCAGUGGCACAACAGAAAGAUCGUCUGCUGCUCAGAAACCAUCCACUGUGCUCCACAAACAUACUGGAUGGCAUAAUGUGGGCAUAGAUCCAUACGACGGAAGCUCUGAAGAUUCUUGCACAUCUGUGAAUGACUCCAAGCGGCCAAAGAAGGGCACCAACAGCUAUAGGUUCUGGGGGAAAAGUCGCAGAGGGACGGCCGCUCAUGGGUCCUUUCCCAGACUGGUGAAGAGAUGUGUUCCCCUUGACAGUGGGGUAGGCGGAGGGUCUCUCUUUGGAGACAUCCAUAUGUUGAGUGGGUCAGAUGAUGAUUUGACCAGCCAGCAGGUCAACUGGCCUUGUGAUGUUCAAGAGCCAAAGGUCCAGGUGUUGGAAGACAGUGGGAUAUCCACCAGAUCACUGGCUGACUCACCUAUGCCUGUACCUGUGUCUGUCCCUGUUUGUGGUGACUGCACGCCUUCAACAGAGGGUUCACCUAUUAACAGUAGUCUAGAGUCAAGCCAUGACAUGCUCUUCAAAAGGAAGCUUUUCCUUGACACAGGGUAUUGGCACAGGAAAAGACGUUGUGUGACUAAAACGGUGGAAGAUGGCGUUAUUCUUGAGUUAGGAAAGGAACAGGAGACCACAGAAAAUCAUCUGUGAAAACACUAUUUUUGAACUUGAGUUUCUUUGUAAAUAAAGCAAAAUACACAGCAAAUAAAGAACAUGGUGCUAAAUAUUGU